AUGGAAAAAUAUCGAGUACUUGGUAAAAAAGGUGAAGGUACUUUUUCGGAAGUAUUAAAAUGUCAAAAUGUACGUGAUGGAACAUUUUGGGCAGCAAAAAAAAUGAAACAAUUAUAUAAAAAUAUGGAUGAAAUUCAUCAAAUACGUGAAAUACGAGUGCUCAAACAACUUAAUGGUCAUCCCAAUAUUAUUUUUCUUCGUGAAAUUAUCUUUGAUAAACGAACUGGUGUUUUAUGUUUAAUAUUUGAAUUAAUGAAUAUGAAUUUAUAUGAAUAUAUUCGUGGUCGACAACGAUUAUUAUCAAGUGAAAUCGUAUGCAAAUUUAUGUAUCAAUUGCUCAAAGCUCUUGAAUUUAUUCACAGACAUGCAUUCUUCCAUCGAGAUGUUAAACCCGAAAACAUUCUUAUAAAAGAUGAUAUGUUAAAAUUAGCUGAUUUUGGAUCUUGUCGACAAACUUUAUCAAAACAACCAUUUACUGAAUAUAUUUCAACUCGAUGGUAUCGAGCACCUGAAUGUUUGCUAACAGAUGGAUAUUAUCGACAUGAAAUGGAUAUUUGGUCUGCUGGUUGUGUUAUGUUUGAAAUCAUUACACUUAGACCAUUAUUUCCCGGCAGUAAUGAACUUGAUCAAAUAAGUAAAAUUCAUGAUGUAGUCGGUACACCAUCACCUAGUACACUCGAAAAAUUUCAACAUCGAAAUUCAGCAGUUGAUUUUAAUUUUCCUCCUCGACGUGGUACUGGUAUUGCUCGUCAUCUUACUCAUUGUUCAGCAGAUACGAUUGAUCUAAUUAAUCAUUUAUGCAUUUAUGAUCCCGAUCAUCGUAUAUCAGCAUUACAAGCACUUCGACAUCCUUAUUUUGAUACUGUUAGAAAUCAAGAAAAUGAACAAAUGCAAGAACAUGGUAUAAAUCAAUGGGAAAAUGUUACACGAAUAGUAAAAACAAGUGAAGAUCAAUAUCAACGAUCGGAUUCAAGUAGUAGUAAAUCAACAAUUAAUGAAGAAAAUUCAUCACCAGGAUAUAAUGUUCAUAAUCCUUCUACUAUCAGUCAUAAUUCAGUAAUCAAACCUGAUUUUAAUAGACUUCUUUAUCCACCAACAAAAGCUCAAUCAUUAAUAGAUACACGACUUCAAGGACAAUCAAUAAAAAAAUCAUCUACGCAACAUCCUAAUAAUAUAAAAACUAAAAAUAGUUUUUCUCAACAUAAUCAAACACAAUCUUUUUAUAGUAGUUUAUCAACAAUAGGAACAAAUGUUUUACAUUAUCAAACACGAAAACAUCGACAAACAACCAAAAAUAGUCCGAAACCUUUUCUACCUCCUGUAUCAGGUGCUUCUGCAUUUUCACAUUAUCCUACUAAUAAUGGUCAUGCUCCAUCAAUAAUGAACAAAGAUCAUAAUCAAGGAAAACAAGUUCUUGGUUAUUAUCCAAUAAUGUCCUAUCGAUCUUACAAGAAGUGA